GAGAGCCCCAGCCAUGGGUUAUCUUAAAGCUCCUCGCGCUCUGCUCUCUCUGAUGGACGCAGGGCUGACUUCAGUGACAGGCGCGCAGACAAUCAUUGGACUCCUGUCCUCACGCCGGUCGGUUACGAGGCUGAUCCUCGGCCACAACGAGCUGGGCGACGACGGUUGCGUCGUUCUGUUCACGUUUCUGUCCUCCGCGCUCGGAAGGAAGUACCAGAUCACGGAGAUCAGCGUGAACGCGAACGGGAUCGGCAACAGGGGGCUGCUGGCGGUAUCCGAGUAUCUGAGUGGCGCGGGGGCGUUGCGGGAGCUGUUUCUCCAGAAUAACUGCUUCACGCACGACCCAGCAACAUUUAGCGCCUUCGCUGCCGCAGUGAACGCCUCGAACCUCGAGCUGCUGUCCCUCACGACGAACCACGGGCUUUCCGACUCCUUUCUCGAGGUCUUCCUGGCCUCGCUCGACGCUCCGCGCCUGGGCGAGAUCCAUCUCUCUGCGAUUGGCCUCACCGCCCGUGCCGCUCCGCACCUGGUCGCUUAUCUGGGCUCCGCCCGCUGCAAAUUGCACACUCUCAAGUGCAACGGAAACAGCCUUGGGUACCGGGGCGUGAGGUCUAUCGUCCGGGCUAUCGAGCGGCACAACUUCUCGAUCCAGUCGCUGGAACUGUACUCGAACAAUGCGGAUGGCCCCGUGAACGAUGGCGACGCGUCAGAAGACGAGGAGGAAGAUGACAUGGUGCCUGCUGGUCUGGAUGCAUGGAAGGCUUGCGAGAGCCAGAUACGACGGAUACUUCUGCGCAACGGGCACCUGAAGCGGGAGACAGAGAAUGACGCGCUGAGAUUAUUGCAGUAUUCACGACCCCUGCUUCUAGUGUCUAGCCACACACGGAACAAUACGUCUCGUGUGAACGACUGCUCUUGUGACUCCGAGGAUCAGUCCCCCUCUUCGAGGCAAGUGGAGACAGACGGAACGGGCACCUCACCGAUUCCUUCACUCCCGAUUGAGCUGCAGCAGCACAUCCUGUCCUUCUUCGCGCCAUCGCUAUCAGCUGCGCAGCGGAUUCGCAUCUACAAUUACGCGUCUUCCCCAUCGACUCUUCCGCGAUUGGGCCUCUGCCUUCCUCAGCUUGUCGCCACCGGCGGGGAUUUCUGUAUUCCUGAUUCGGCGGGCACUGCUGCAUUUGGAGGUGGUUCCAUCGGUGGGAAAUAUGCGGGUGCCCAGGGUAGUAGAGAGCAGCAACGUACAGCAUGGCUCAGGUUGGUAGAAUGCACGGCUUAUGAUCCGCGCAGAGCUGUGGUUUUGUGAGCGUGUGGCUCAAUAGAUGUAAGUAGAACACCUGGAAUAGAUUCAUCUCAUAAUACUGCACUGUAUGUAAAGAUGGUGUAUAAGCCUCUCCACAUGAAAUUUCGAACCAUGCGUGAAAUCGAC